GUUAUUGUUGUGUUGUCGAAGGCUUUCAAGGCCGGAACCGCUGGGUUGCGGCGAGGUUUCCGGGCUGCCUGGCCGUGCCCCAAGCAGCACUCUCUCCUGACUGUACGCCUGCUUCUGUGGCUAACGGCGACCUCAGAGGACCAAGUGGAGUGUCUCUAUGUCUCCAGGCUUUGGCCAUGACGACGCUGGACGACAAGCUCCUGGGGGAGAAGCUCCAGUAUUACUACAGCAGCAGCGAAGAGGACGAGGAGGAUGACGAGGACAGCGAGAAGGAGGACAAGGAGCAGGAAGGGCCCCGCUGCGCCCUUCGGCAGGAGAUGGCUCUGAGCAGCGAUGGCAGUGCCGUCAACACAGGCCCGAAAGGGGUGAUCCACGACUGGCGGCGCUUCAAGCAGCUGGAGACGGAGCGCCGGGAGGACCAGGCCCGGGAGAUGAAGCGGCUCGUCCAGCGCCUCUCCCUCAGCUGCCGCUCCCACCUGGACGAGGAGGAGGACCGGCGGAGGCAGGCCGAGCUGCGGGAGAAGCUUGGCAGCAAGCUGACGCUGCAGAAGCGUGGCCUGGAGGAGACGGAAGAUGACGACGACGAUGACGACGAGGCCUUCCUGCAGCAGUACCGCCAGCAGCGCAUGGAGGAGAUGCGGCGCCAGCUGUACGGCGCCGGCGCCCCGCAGCAGUUCCGGCGCGUCUUUGAGCUGACGAGCGGGGAGGCCUUCCUGGAGGCGGUGGACGGGGGCCCGCGGGGCGCGCUGGUGCUGGUCCACCUCUACGAGGAGGGCGUCCCGGGGGCGGAGGCGCUGGACGGCUGCCUGGCCUGCCUGGCGGGGCAGUACCCGGGGGUGAAGUUCUGCCGUGGACGCAGCGCCUUGGUGGGGGCCAGCCCCCGCUUCGCCGCCGCCGCCCUCCCGGCCCUGCUGGUCUACAAGGGGGGCGAGCUGGUGGGCAACUUCGUCCGCAUCACCGACCAGCUGGGCCUGGACUUCUUCGCGGACGACCUGGAGUCCUUCCUGCAGGAGUGUGGCCUGUUGCCGGAGAAGGAGGCGCCCGUCCCGGGCGGCGGUGACGAUGCCGACGACGACGGCAGCGACUUAGACAUCGACUAGACCACGUUGCAAACUCCGCGUCCCAAGAUCCCAAGGUAGUGUCGAAAUGUAGCGUAUAAGACGUCUUAGGAGGCCCACCCCACUCCCCGAUACACCUUUCCAAGCUUUGGGUCGGAAAGUAGAGUUUGUAGAAGACCAGGUGCUUGUUGACAUCGCUCGGUCGCGAACUGGGAGCACUCUGCGCGUUGACACCACUUGGAAUCGUCGGAGGCACCGCUUCGGCCUCGGGGUGCCUCUACUCCCAUCGUUCCACAGCAUUGAGCCCUCAUGGUCAAGCGUGGUGUCAAAGCGCCUUAGUUUCCCCAAAACUGGACUUUUUCCAACUCCUUUUUCCCUGUUUGCAAUCUAGUUGGGUCCCGUGUUUCGUAGGCCAUCUCGCUCCCCCUUAGGCACGGACCCUUGGGACUUUUCCUGCAAACUUUUGGGGUGUCUUCUUCUUGUUCUUCCCUCCUUGAAACCUGUACAACGUCCCCAGAGUGGGCCGUUCUUUUGUGUCGUUGUGUUUGUUGUUUUCCCGGGAACCUCGGGCUCUAUUUUCCUAAACCCUCGCUGUGUAAACCAUUCCUAACCAUUCCGUAAAUUAAUGCAAUAAAGCAUAACAACCCGC